GUGCAGUACAUGAUAUCACUCAGGUUCCCUACUCUCGGACUCGCGACGCAUACGCACGCACACACCCGCACGCACGUACACACGUUCGACGGUUAUAAGAGAGCGCGAUCGCCACUCGCCGUCCGGGAAACUGUCACAGUCGGUCACGUGAAAUCUUUCGGCCCGAACGUCUCUUACCCACCCGUCGCGUGCGCCCACUAAUCUCGAUCGUUCAACCGUCGCCGGAAAGGCCGUUCAAUCCCGUCCCCGCGGCACAGAGCAAAAAAAAUAAAGGCUUAAGAAACCAUGUACGCCACCAUGGCUGACGUCCGCGGUCUGACGACGAUCGUCGUCGUAUUGCUGAUCGGCGCCGUCCAAUCCAUCAAUCCACCGCGCACUGUUGGUGGUCACGGAAGGCAAUCCGCCGGCAACGCGAUAAAAGUCUCGGACACGAAAGGACCCCAAUGCCACCACCCAUUGAUAAAAAAUUGCGACACUUCAGUGUACCCGAUCUUGGACUGGGAAAUAUCCGGAUGGUUUUACCACUCGAUGUUCAAAUCUUGCCGACCAAUGUACUCACCAAAUGGCGUACACAUUUGCAAUGAAAACAGAGAUAUACCUAAUACCAGAGAAAUGUGUGAAGAUUUAUGCGGUGAAUCGUGUAUCAUGAGCAACGGUUCGACUGGUAUUUGUAUGUUCAAUCAAAUGUGCAAUAUCGUCAAUGACAAGCCCUCCGCCCACCCGAGACCGUGUGGGAGUUACAAUGUAAAUUGCUGUCCCAAGGUAAGCGACAGCAACUUGGUACCAUUCGAAGAUCCUUCGGCAAACAACAACGGGAACGCUGAUCCCGAAAACCGUGUACAGCUCGCUGACCAAUCGUCCUCACGAAAUGGUACACUCUACGUCUAUCGUCUUCCGAAUAGGCCACGUGCGGAAACCAAACGCAACUAAUAGUACGAGGACUCGCACCUGCAGUGACAUUGUUAUUCUGUUUAAAAAUAGUUACUGAAGUUUUUUUUUCUAAUUAUUACUAUUAUUAUUAUUAUUAU